GUGUCUCAGCUCCUGAGAGUGUCUGCCCUGGGUGGGUGGGUCCAUCACUUCAUGUGUGCUGUAAUCUUUUGUCUGUUUCUACCUGGUGUGGAGUUUUGGGAGCUCUGGUCUGGUGAUCUUUCCUUUCUUGGCUCCCUUCUCCAACCUGCACAGCCCCUCCCUCUCUCAGCCGCAGCCUCGGCCCCUCCCCCUCCUUCUGGCUGCCGCACUGGCUGCUGCAUCUAGUCAAUAUCUUAUCUUCGGAGCAGGAGCUAGGAGCAAGGAGCCUUUCACAGCCUGAGCAGAUCCCAUGCUGGAGUGGGAAGCUUUGCUCAGUACACCGAGCUCUUGCCUUCUUCCUGCCUUCCUGCCUUUCUGAUAAGCAUUAGGGUCUGUUUUGGCCCCGCUUCUGAAGAGGUUGUGUGUGCUGUUGGAGGAACUAUACUGAGUGACUUUGCAGGGUGACAGCAUGGAGUCCCUCUUCCCUGCCCCAUUCUGGGAGGUCUUGUAUGGCAGCCACUUUCAAGGCAACCUGUCUGUCCUAAAUGAGACUGUACCCCACCACCUGCUGCUCAAUUCUAGCCACAGCGCCUUCCUGCCCCUUGGACUCAAGGUCACCAUCGUGGGGCUCUACUUGGCUGUGUGCAUCGGGGGGCUGCUGGGGAACUGCCUCGUCAUGUAUGUCAUCCUCAGGCAUACCAAGAUGAAGACAGCUACCAACAUUUAUAUAUUUAAUCUGGCACUGGCUGAUACCUUGGUCUUGCUGACACUGCCCUUCCAGGGCACAGAUAUCCUAUUGGGUUUCUGGCCAUUUGGGAACACACUGUGCAAGACUGUCAUUGCGAUUGAUUACUAUAACAUGUUCACCAGCACUUUCACCCUGACUGCCAUGAGUGUAGACCGCUACGUGGCCAUCUGCCACCCAAUUCGUGCUCUUGAUGUUCGGACGUCCAGCAAAGCCCAGGCUGUUAACGUGGCCAUAUGGGCCCUGGCCUCAGUGGUUGGUGUUCCUGUUGCCGUCAUGGGCUCAGCACAAGUGGAGGAUGAAGAGAUCGAAUGCCUGGUGGAGAUCCCUGCCCCUCAGGACUACUGGGGCCCCGUGUUUGCCAUCUGCAUCUUCCUUUUUUCCUUCAUCAUCCCUGUGUUGAUCAUCUCUGUCUGCUACAGCCUCAUGAUUCGGCGGCUCCGGGGUGUCCGUCUGCUUUCAGGCUCCCGAGAGAAGGACCGGAACCUGCGUCGUAUCACACGGCUGGUGCUGGUGGUGGUGGCUGUGUUUGUGGGCUGCUGGACACCUGUUCAAGUCUUUGUGCUGGUACAAGGACUGGGUGUUCAGCCAGGCAGUGAGACUGCAGUAGCCAUUCUGCGCUUCUGCACAGCCCUGGGCUAUGUCAACAGCUGUCUCAACCCCAUUCUCUAUGCUUUCCUGGAUGAGAACUUCAAGGCUUGCUUUAGAAAGUUCUGUUGUGCUUCAGCCUUGCACCGGGAGAUGCAGGUUUCUGAUCGUGUGCGCAGCAUUGCCAAAGAUGUGGGCCUUGCUUGCAAGACUUCUGAGACAGUACCACGGCCGGCAUGACUAGGCGUGGACCUGCCCAUGGUGCCUGUCAGCCCACAGAGCCCAUCUACACCCAACACGGAACUUACACAGGUCACUGCUCUCUAGGUUGACCCUGAGCCUUGAGCAUCUGGGGCCUUGAAUGGCUUUUCUUUUGGCUCAGGAUGCUUAGAAACCUAGAAGAAGACCUUAUAACACCAUGGGACAGGUCAAAGUGUCAAGGUGGCCUCUUUGACUUCUGUCAGAUUAGGCUUCCCACUCUGGUGUGAGACCAGAGAGGACCAAAGGAUGCUGUAUGGAAAUAUCUAUAACACAGUGGACAUGCCUGGAGAACCUACAUAGGUAUUCAUGCUUCAUGUGACUCUUCUCUGGCCUCUCCCUGCUGCCCUGGCUCUGGGUGGGCUCAGCCUGAGGUAUUUCAGUGACCAUGCAGUCAUACCUUGUAUGCUAUUGCCCUCAGCCUUUAAGUAUUUCUGUAGGACUGCUGAAAAUACUUGGUGUUGCCUGGUGCUGCAGUGGACAGCAUUUUUUUUUAAAUUGAGACUGGCCCUAAGCUUGGAGCUGCCUUGGAUCAUUUUCUGGUUCUAGCUCCACAGAUUCAGCCUGAUUACCUGAGGUGGGUGGGCACCAGUGGUUUCUUGGAGGGCUGCUCUUUGAAGAUUCUUUCUAUACUGUACCAUAAAGUCUGCAAAGGGGACUUGGCACGGCCUCUGUCUCUGCCACUUCCUGUUCUAUCUGACUGUGACUCCAACAUGGGGCACUUUUCCAGCAAGAGUCCAAUAGGGAACAACACCCAGAACUUCCCUAUGGCCCUGCCUCUCCAAAAGCUUUGUGAACUCUUUUACCACAGACUGCUUGGCAAUCCCUAUUUCUAGGUGUGUGGCAAGUAACCAGGAGAAAGCUGCUGUGUGGCCUCUGUAGGCUAUGCACAACAUGGAGGCAGCAUGGUCUUGGGCUGCUUAGUAAGAGCAGAGCAGGAGAAUAGGCUCUGUCCUCAUUCCCCACAGCUCCCUCAGCUCUCUGGAAGUCUCUCUUUGACACCGGAGGGCAGUAGCUGCACUGCUAGAAGCACACUUGUAUCCUGCAAAGGGCAGCUGUCAAGAUGUGUUCUGUUCUGAACCCACAGCGACCACCUGCUUCAUUUAUAUGCCUUAGGGCAUAUUUGAGUAAGGCCUGAGCUUGCUGCCAAAUUGAAAGUUGGCAUCAAAUGAAGAGAUGAUGUGAGAGCUGAAACCCUAAAAUGACUCAUUUGAGACAAUCCACAAGGACCAUCAGAGUUUGGCGGACAUUGGAAGAAGAGUCUAUACCUUUGAGACCUAUUUGACGGUUCAGAGAAUAAGAGGUUUUGUAGAUGCUCUUUCUGUGGAUCAGCUACCAAAAUGCUAGCAACCUCGGAUAGACUUUGGUCUUCCGCUGAGACCUUGGUUAGGUGGCUUCACACAUGCAGAGCCUGGGCUAGUUCCUGUCUCAGAGAGACCUGGCCUUAAUGAUCUUAAUGGGGAGGCCAGGACUCUUUCUGUGACAUUUGGGAAGAAACUAUUCAUUAUUGUGUUUUCUUGCCAAGGUUUAAACUUUGUGAAUUUGUACAUCUUCAUGUAUUUAAGCAUGCAACAAGUGUUAUUUCCAUGCAUGUAGCCAGCCCUGAGCCUGCCUCUGGAAUAAUGAAGGAGUGCCAUAAUAAAUACCUAACCAGUGA